AUGAGGACGGCCGCGCUGAUGGUUUGGAUCAGCUUGUUGGUACAAGUAUCUCAUGGUGCCCAGGGUCACUAUGCACAGAAACUUCUGAAUGACCUAAUGGAGAACUACUCCAGUGCACUGAGACCUGUAGAGGACACAGACAAGGCCCUCAACGUUACCCUGCAGGUCACCCUGUCCCAGAUUAAAGACAUGGAUGAGAGGAACCAGGUCUUGACCACCUACUUGUGGAUCAGGCAAAUCUGGCACGAUGCCUACUUGAAGUGGGACAAGGAGGACUAUGACGGCCUGGAGGUGAUACGCAUUCCCAGCGACCUAGUCUGGAGGCCAGACAUUGUACUCUACAACAAAGCAGAUGAUGAGUCGUCGGGGCCCGCUGACACAAAUGUGGUGCUGCGCUACAAUGGGGAGAUCAUCUGGGACUCUCCAGCCAUCACCAAGAGCUCCUGUGUGGUGGAUGUCUCCUACUUCCCCUUUGACUGGCAGCAGUGCAACCUAACCUUUGGCUCCUGGACCUACAAUGGCAACCAGGUGGACAUUACCAUGGGGAUGAACAGUGGUGACCUGUCAGACUUUGUGGAGAACGUGGAGUGGGAGUGCCAUGGCAUGCCGGCAGUUAAAAACGUCAUCAUGUACGGCUGCUGCUCCGACCCUUAUCCCGACAUCACCUACACCCUGCACCUUAAGCGCCGCUCCUCCUUCUACAUCUUCAACCUCCUACUCCCCUGCUUCCUCAUCUCGUUUCUGGCCCCGCUGGGCUUCUACCUGCCGGCCGACUCAGGGGAGAAGGUUUCUCUGGGGGUCACCGUGUUGUUGGCCCUCACGGUUUUCCAGCUCAUGGUGGCUGAGAGCAUGCCACCGUCUGAGAAUGUGCCCUACAUAGGAAAGUACUACAUAGCAACCAUGACAAUGAUCACCGCCUCCACAUCUCUCACAAUCUUCAUCAUGAACAUCCACUUCUGUGGCGCUGAGGCCAAGCCAGUCCCUCAUUGGGCCAAGGUCCUUAUCAUAGAUUACAUGUCAAAGAUCUUAUUCGUCUAUGAGGUGGGGGAGAACUGCACCACACCGGAGAGCGAGAGAACCCCACUCUACUCCGAGGAACCCAUGGGCGAGAAGAGCUGUUACCACGGCGAUCGUUUCCACGACAGCCUCUACCAUCACGACACGGACCCCCACCAGUACAGCAACGGCCACGCGCCGCACCGCCACGGCAAGCGGCAACAGAACCACAGCAACCUCCGCCAGGCGAACGGCCACGUCAACAACGGCAGCCACCACUUCAACAACCACAACAACCACACGUCGGGAGUGGGGAGGGCCGAGGGAAAGAGGGAGCCCCCGCGGCACUACCACCGCAUCCAGCGGGAGGAGCUGGACUUCCAGGCACCUCCUCUGGAAAACCUCCAGCACCUGAACGGGGUGCUGAAGGACCAGCUGCUGUUCCCCCCCGAGAAACGGAUCGCAGCUUGCCCCUGCAGCUGCUCCUGCCCGCAACACAAACAGGUUGUGAGGAACAUCCAGUUCAUUGCCAACUGUUUCCGUGAGCAGAGAGCUACUUGCGCCAAGGGAGCGGAGUGGAAGAAGGUUGCCAAGGUGAUGGACAGGUUUUUCAUGUGGAUCUUCUUCAUCAUGGUUUUCCUUAUGAGCAUCCUCAUCAUCGCCAAGGCAUCUUAA